AUGAAUUUGGAUAAGAGUAGUUUGGCGGGUGUGAAUUUGGAGGAGAGGGAGCUUAGAGAGUACGCAGAUGUGUUAAGGUGUGCAAUCUCGGAUUGGCCGAUGGCUUACCUAGGCCUUCCCUUGGGGGAUAACCCUAAAAAGGUUAGCUUUUGGAACCCGAUAGUAGAGAGAUUUGGGAAAAGGCUUGCUUCUUUAAGGAAAAUUUAUUUUUCCAUGAGGGGGAGAAUCACUUUGAUUAGAUCAACCCUAGCUAAUCUUCCUAUGUAUUUCCUAUCAGUGUUUAAGAUCCCCACAAAGGUCUCUAACACUUUGGAAAAGCUUAUGAGGGAUUUCUUGUGGAAGCCUGGAGAGGAGAAGCAGGACCAUAUGGUGAGUUGGGAGGUGGUUACUAGAGGUAAAAAUCUAGGAGAUCUAGGGAUUGAGAAUGUUAGGAAGAGGAACAGGGCUUUGUUAGGGAAAUUGUUAUGGAGAUUUCCGUUGGAAAGAGACAAGUUGUGGACAAAGAUUGUGACUAGCAUACAUGGGUUGGAAAACAAUGGUUGGGAACCUGGAAUCUUGGCAAGGACUACAGCCGCCUUUCCUUAG